UUUAAAUAUCACAUGUGCUUGAACUAGACUCUUGAUUAUUUUCCUUCACUUCCAUCUCUUCAAUCUUCAUUCUCUCAUAUUACUUGGAAAUUUAAGAUAAGCUCUACUAGUUAGAUAUGGCUACAGAAAUCUCAAGUUAUGACAGGAAAAACUACAAUAAUUCUAAUGUUGACGAGCGGUCAGCAGAGGAGAGAGCCAUAGAUGAUUGGCUUCCCAUCACUGCUUCAAGAAAAGCAAGAUGGUGGUUCUCAACUCUUCACAAUAUCACUGCUAUUGUCGGAGCCGGAGUCCUCAGCCUCCCUUAUGCCAUGUCCGAACUCGGAUGGGGAGCUGGAGUGGCAGCUUUGGUGAUAUCUUGGAUGAUCACUCUCUACACCUUGUUGCAAAUGGCACACAUGCAUGAGAUGGUCCCGGGGAGGCGCUUCGACAGGUACCACGAGCUAGGCCAGCACGCCUUUGGCGACAGGCUUGGGCUGUGGAUCGUCUUGCCUCAGCAGCUCGCGUGCCUGGUUGCUGUCGACAUAGUUUACAUGAUCACGGGAGGCCAUUCCCUCAAGAAAUUCCACGACUUGGUCUGCAGAGACUGCAGAAACAUCAAACUCACUUACUUCAUCAUGAUCAUCUCGUCUGCCCACUUCGUCCUGUCCCAGCUCCCGAGCUUCAACUCCAUCUCGGGCGUGUCUCUGGCCGCAGCCGUUAUGUCUAUAAGUUACUCCACAAUCGCGUGGGGUGCUUCUGUAGGAAAAGGCGUGCAGCCUAACGCGCACUAUGGGCGUAGAUCAAAGACAACGGCUGGUGGUGUGUUCGACUUCUUCAGUGCGUUGGGGACUGUGGCUUUCGCGUACAGCGGCCACAACUUCGUGAUGGAGAUCCAAGCGUCUCUCCCUUCAACACCACAGAGGCCGUCUAAGAAAGCUAUGUGGAAGGGAGCCAUUGUUGCUUAUGUAAUCGUGGCCUUGUGCUACUUCCCCGUUGCCCUCGUCGGGUACUGGACUUUCGGGACUACAGUAGAGGACAACGUCUUGAUCACCCUGCAGAGACCCGAGUGGCUAGUUGCAACGGCUAACAUGUUUGUCGCGGUUCACCUCAUUGGAGGCUAUCAGUUAUAUGCCAUACCAGUUUAUGACAUGACUGAGACUGUGCUUGUGAAGAAGCUCAAGUUCAAGCCAACUUGGUAUCUGAGGUUUAUUACUAGGAAUACUUAUGUUGCUCUUACGAUGUUUAUUGCCAUCACGUUCCCGUUCUUUGGCGCGCUUGUCGGGUUCUUUGGAGGCUUUACGUUCGCGCCAAACACGUACUUUCUUCCCUGCAUCAUUUGGCUUGCCAUCUACAAACCAAAGAGGUUCAGCUUAUCUUGGUUGGUGAAUUGGGUGUGCAUAUUAUUGGGGGUUCUUUUGAUGGCUGUGGCACCCAUUGGAGGGCUAAGACAGAUCAUUCUCCAAGCCAAAACAUACGAAUUCUAUAAUUAGAACAUUUGUUUAUUUACUAUAGUUGUAAUAAAGCAAGUUGAGAUUCAA